UGCGACGCGUUUCAGCCGUCGCUUGGCGCUCGUCCCUCCCGACGCGUUGAGCGCGUUCUACCGAAAGUGCCGUCGGUCGGCCACUUCCAACAAUCCCGCAAGACUAUGAUAGAAGAAGGAAAGACGGAAUCACAGGCGAUGACAACAGCGCCAACAAGCGCCACACAAUUCGAUGACCAGCCUGAGGAUCUGACAUUGCAACCCGGGGGGGUCAUUUCGGGCGAUGCAGUGCCCAUACAAGACGCCGAAUCGUCCGUCGCCCAUCCUCCAGCCUUACAACAAUGCCAAGACUUCUUCCAAGGGACUUCAAUUGGUGCCGACAUGGCGCAAGCGAAUUUCAACGCGUGUUUGAAGGUUGUAGGGGAACAUCGUGGCUUGCAGUGCCUCGAGCUCCUUCGUAUUUCAUUGCAACUUGAGAAUGCAUUACCGCUAGUGCUGGCGGAAGCGUUAUGGUCCGAUCCCGAUCAGCAGCGUCGUGAACAUCCACGGCCUCCGCGCUCCAACGCAGACCUCAAUCGCCUUCUAGGUGAAGGCGAUAUCGCUACAUUCGCAUUGAAUGCCUGUUCCCAACCGUCGCCUCCAAGCGAUAUGACAAUCAACUCCGAGCUUGAGCAACGACAACAAGGGUACCUAGCAUUUCAUAGCACGUACAAAGGUGACGCAUUGGAUCGAUUCAAGGAGCAGCUACAGCACUGCCAAGAAUAUUACGACACAACAAAACACCACGGCCGUUAUAUCGCUCUGUUGCAAUCUAGUGGCACAGGUAAAUCGAGACUGGUGUCCGAGCUUUCUCACGACUAUCCCACCGUCAGCGUGUGUUUGCGUAAAGAGAAUAACCCUGAGGACGGAUGGCCACCUGUUGACACCCCUGCUUAUGAAUUUCUCAAGGAGCCACGCUCAACGAGAUAUAUGGGAGAGGAGCUUGCGGCCGCGUUUCUAGGCGCAUUGUUUGAGCAGGUGACUGUAAGUAUCGAAAGGUCAAUUGGCGACCGGCCGAGCGAUCUCAUGGCAUCAUGGGACCUCCCCUUCGACCCCGCUAACGACUACUCACGGUCAGCUCGUUUCGAUAAUUUUGCUGCGGUGAAAGCGAAUGCCUCAAUUUUGCUUCAAAAGAACCUGAAUGAACUUGUAGCACUGCGCCGGUUCAAGGAGGGAAAGGACCAGGAUACGCCUGUUUGGCAUCGACAUGUCUAUGGACAGCUAUGCCAAGCUGCCGCAGAUCGUCUUCGAGAGGUUUUGAGGAAGCGGCUUGGUCCGAGGUUCAAGUAUUUCAUUGUUGCCAUCGAUGAAUGCACCCAACUCGGAUCGACUCUAAUGAAAUACAAUGAUAGCAACGUCCAUCGCGGCUCCGCCGAGUCGAUGUCGGCAACAGCAAUGCAGAAUAUCAUGAAAGCCGCGGAUAUGUUCCAUAAGGAGUUCUGGUAUCUGCUCCUGGACACCAACUCCGCGAUCUUCGAUCUCGUUCCACCCACAGGCAAUCUACCUCACUCUUUCCGUCUUGAUGGCAAGCCGCAUCCUCUUCCUCCUUGGGGAUAUUUUGGCUUUGAUCAAAUGGUGAAGGGCGACAUCGAGCAGAAUGGUGUCCCGACGUUGAUGCAGGCUCUGACGCUCAAUCGUAUCAAGAUGUAUGGUCGUCCGUAUUGGUCAACGCUCCCCGAAGACUCGCUGAUCCCCCAGGCGAGAAGGAAGCUUCUCAGCUCUGACAGAUUCGAUCCCCAAGAAGAGUUAUCCGUUCUAGCCCUGUAUUCUGCUCGGGUUCUAGUGGAGAUCGCGGAAGGUCCACCAUCGUGUCGCUUGGCGAUCAACAGCGUGCGCAGCCAUAUGCGCCUCUUCGUAUCCAUCGUCGAUCGCAACACAGUUGAGACCUGCAGCCCCUCGGAGCCAAUUCUCGCCCUCGCUGCAGCGCAUACACUGAAUGUCUUUCGCAAAUCCUAUGUGGAGGCGAUACAGACGUUCAUCAACAAGCUCGUCCUGCAAGGUGUUGUGCGGGACAGGAGUGCCACGGGCGAACUUGCAUCGCGCUUUCUACUAAUGAUGACCCGCGAUGCGGCGACUCCGAAAUACAUUGUGUGCUCCGAUAGCAUGCCAACCACGUCUAUGCUGGCGACGGUGAAAGUCACCGAUUUCCUGACGAAGAUGAUCGGCGAAGACGCACUAGAGAACGCAGCCAGCUUUUGGGCCCUCAAGAAUUUCGGAGACAAUGCUCACAUCAACUUCACACAUUUCAUUCAGCUACCCGAAAUCAUUGAGGACGUCACCACCGAGUUUCUCUACUAUCUUUGGUGCCGCACUGCUGCUGUUCAGUGCGCUAUGAACCAACCAGUGAUCGAUGGUUUCAUCGUGGUAUAUUGCAGUAGCUUGAAUGAGCCCUUUGAUCCGAUGAAACUGAGUUACAUCGCGUGGCGGACGAACGUUAAAGACCAGGCGACAUCUUCCGACUCGCUUGUGAACACAUUGACUGGACCUAGCGUUAUACAUGCUGGGGUUCGCCACAAGCCCAAGCACAUUGUGAUCCUCAUGGAUCUUGCAGUGUCAACCGAAUCCGAGUUCGUUAGUGAAUUUCGCUUGUCACACGCUGAGGCGACCGUCCCGUCGGGAGGCAGACGGUGGGGAGGGUAUAUAGAACAAGAGCCAAAGCGUUUCUGCCUGAGCAUACGCGGUCACGACUAUGCUGUCCUCAAGAUCUACGAUCGAGAAAUACGAGGGAGUAAUCCGAGCGAGUCAUGUCUUACGCCGCUGUUCAGGCGAACAUUGGCCGGAAGGGAUGACCAGUCUGGUGCCUGCGUACGACAAAUCGUCAAUGACGUCUGCAACCUGUCUGGCAAGGACUUCAUUGGCAACAUGUACCAGUCGGGGAAGAUUCGGUAAGACGACUCAUCGGUCUGCCUACCACACGCAGCACGAUGGUGUGGCAAUAUCUUUCGAAAGUAAACGCCUGUGCUUUUGGAUUUCCCUCAA